CCUAUCGGAAGUGUAGGCCAUCUUCAGGAACAGAGAAGGGAUUUAAACUAUACAUACUUAAAUUCUUACGCUAAUUAUCAUUCUAGCACCUUAUGUAGUUUAUAUGUACAAGGGGAGCAAUCACUUCUUAGUAAGUCACAAUAAACGGGUCGAUCAUUAACUUAUGUUUUUUGCUUCAUGCAUCUGAAAACAUGUCUUCUUUAGAGAAAGAGUUGUUCUUGAGCAAAUUGCCUCCCCGACCAACGAUGCGGCCAGCUCUUCAAACGGGGUCUAAAAUGAGGAUGGGCCCUGGAAGAAAACGGGAUUUUUCACCUGUGCCCUGGAACCAUUAUUUUGAAACCAUGGAAGAUAUCAUAGUUACAAGAGGAACAAGUAAAGAUUCUUUUCGAAUAUAUAAAAGUGGAUCUGAUGGGCCUGUCCUUUUGUUAUUACAUGGAGGAGGCCAUUCAGCCCUCUCUUGGGCAGUUUUUUCUUCCAUGAUUAUCAGUCGGGUUAAAUGCAGGGUUGUGGCAGUAGACCUGCGAGGCCAUGGUGAUACAAAAGUUGUAAACAGUGAAGAUCUUUCUGCAGAAACCAUGUCCAGAGACAUUGGAGAUAUAAUUGACACAUUGUAUGGUGCAGAUGCUCCCCCAAUUCUGUUGAUUGGCCAUAGUAUGGGUGGAGCAAUAGCAGUUCAUUCUGCAGCUAAUAACUUUCUGCCAUCUCUUCUGGGUCUCUGCGUGAUUGAUGUGGUAGAAGGCACAGCAAUGGAUGCUUUAAACAGCAUGCAAACGUUUUUACGGAGUCGACCUAAAGUAUUCAGCUCUGUUGAAAAAGCUAUUGAAUGGAGUGUAAAAAGUGGUCAGAUAAGAAAUCUGGAAUCAGCAAGAGUAUCUAUGCUUGGUCAAAUAAAACGAUAUGAGGAAGAUUCCAACACUCCAGGGAGCUCUCAAUCUCUCGUAGAUACUGCUAUUCACGAAGAGGAGGAGGAGGAGGAAGAAGGAGGAGUGGCAAAGAAGGAGAAAAAAAUUGAACCAAGUAUAAAAGAAGAUAAAGCUGAAUAUACCUGGCGUAUCGAACUAUCCAGAACUGAGAAGUAUUGGGAAGGGUGGUUCAGAGGAUUAUCCAACCUCUUUCUUAGUUGCCCAGUUCCUAAGCUACUAUUACUAGCAGGUGUCGACAGAUUGGAUCGAGACCUCACAAUUGGUCAAAUGCAAGGAAAAUUUCAAAUGCAAGUUCUACCACAAUGUGGCCAUGCUGUACAUGAAGAUGCACCAGACAAAGUGGCAGAGGCAGUUGCAACGUUCAUGAUUCGUAAUAAGUUUACAGAAUCAAAGGGUGACAUCCAAAGCAUUUAUCCCGGUUUUUAAUAGAUUCAACAGCCUUCAGAUUCAACUUUGACUGCACAAAGCUGCACCAGGGGCCACUGUGAUGUAUCCACAUAUUGCCAUCCAUGUAAUCUGUAAUACAGUGAAGCUGGGACAACAGAACUCUGCAUUCCUCCUCCACUCCACUAUUAGCUUGUGUUCAUUGAUAGAAUCUGGAGCUGCACAAUGGCUCAAAAGUACAACCUGUUUGUGAUUCGAAGAUUUAAACUAUUAAAAGGGGAUUGCUUAUUCAGAUAGUGUAUCUUUUCUUCUUGCGCAUAUUCUGCUUUAGAUCCUGGAAGUAUUUCCUUUUGUACUGUUGGUUAAAGAUGUAAGAUGUGCUUUGGAGCUAUGUGUUUGAGAUAGUAAUUCCUGUGGUUAAAUUUGAGUGUGGUUUAAAAUUGAGUUCAUUAUUUCUUUAGUGAAGUAUUUCCAAAGUCAGAAAUCAAAGGAAUAAAAUAAAACAGAAAUACAAGUGCAGUAUGUAAGACAACUCAACCAAAUAUAAUAAGCUGCUGGAUAUUGUUUUGCAAUUGUAGCCAUCAGAAUGCAAAUACUCUUACUGAGACUUAAAUCUGAUUUAAAGUGACUUUAGAAUGUGCUUCUGGGAUCAAGCUUUAUUGGCCUUAAUUGUUGAGAAACAAAUGAUUUUGCACAUGUUUUGAUUUCUUUUGUGAUGAGAUAAAAUGUUUAUUUAAACUAGUUUAAUCGAAACUGUUUAUUUUGAAAUGUGUUUAAAUCAUAAUUACACUAUUGUCUUAAGAUGUUGGCAAAAUACAAGUUAUACUGCAGUUUAUUCAAUAGUGUGCAUUGUAUUCAUCAGGAGUAAUCUCUGCAUGAGGAUGUUUGCUAGUUCUGUACAGCAUUCAGAAUCACAAGAGAUUUUAAAAUAAAUUUAGUACAGUUAUAUAUUUGGAAAGAGUUAUCAGAUCCCAUGAGCUGCCUAAGCAUUUUCUCCAACCCACUUCAAUACGAGGCUGGACUUAUUGUACCAAGUGUGGAAGUGUAAGGGAUAUAACAAAACUCUCAGGUGACCUGGAAUAGCUCGACUUUCAUGUACAAAACUGCUCUACAUCAAAACAGAUUGCAGAAGCAGAAGCAGAAGCUAAAACACUGCAAAUGCUAGUGAUAAUAGUGUCUGCUGCAAGUCAGGCAACAUCUAGGUGAAAUGUCUUUGUAUAACUGGAACAUUGCACAGCUGCAUGUGAACAUUGGUAUGGGCAGUAACAUCAAUAAAUGAUAAUUUAGCUUCCUUUAGAAAGAUUUCUAAAACAGUGAUCUCCUGCUUACAAAUCUAAUAAAUUGUUAUGCAAAGUCAGUGUUCUAUUGUACCUGAAGGAAACGAUAGAGAGGGAGAUAUGAGGCUUCGGGUUGAACUCCUUGGAUUCAAGCUCCCAUUCUCGAUUCUAAAAUUACCUCAGUUAUAUGGAAAAUGACUUUGUUUGUCCAAGAUUCUUUGGCUCUUCAAUGUACAAAUUGUAGCCUAAUACCCAAUUUUGGACUCCUCCAAAUUUUAAUUGAAACUGGGCAGAACAUCCACCAUCUACAUUUUCAGGUUCUCCGUUUCUACUGCAGCUCAACCAGCUGUUUUAAAGCACAUCCUCCUGACACACAUUUUUCAAUGUAGUACUCUAUUUAACAUACAAUCCCUUUUUGUAUUUUAUGCAAAAACAGAAGGGAUAAGUACAAUGCUGACUUGUCUCAGAAUAAGUUAAUAGAGGAUGAGAGACCAUUUGAGCAUGUUUAAUAUCUUUCCAGAAAUGCCCUAUGGUGCCUAAUUGAUUCUUAAAUGCUUCCAUGCUUUCUGCUUCUUUCCCUUUUUCUCUGGAAGUUUAGCUCUGUGUUUAGACUGAUGAGAAGUCACAACAUUUAACAUUUUCUCUAUCCAUAGACGCUGCCUGUCUUGUAGAAAGUUUAAGUUUUUAGUUAUGUAUUCUUAACCUUGUGAAGAUGAAUAGGCCCUUCUGUUGUCAGUUCCAGGUUAGCCUUUAACAAACUUAACAUGUGACCCCCCCCCCAUACUCAAAAUUUAUAUUUUUAACAAUUUUCAACUUUUUAAAUACUCUUUUGAUGUUUCUGUUCAAGUCUGACAA